AUGGAAACUUUGAAGGGUUACCUUAAAAAGAGAGGAAAUCAAAUUUCUUCUGCAGUGAAACCCAGAGUCAGACUUAUCCAGAAAGCAAACUCUGAUUCUGGAGGGUUUCGUGUGAGUUGUUUGGCAACAGGAUUUUACCCUCGUCACAUCAACCUGACCCUGUUCAGAGACGAGCAGCCUGUAUCUGAUCAUGAGAUCACUGGAGGAGAUCUGCUGCCCAAUGCUGACGGGACGUACCAGAUGAGGAAGAGUCUGGAGAUCAGUGCUGCAGACAAACACAGAUACACCUGCUCUGCCACACACCUCAGUCUGGACAACAAACUGGACGUAACUUUAGAGUUUGAAUUUAAAUCCAUGAUUCCCUCAAUUUUGAUAGUUUUGGCUCUGGUGUUGAUGUUUGGAACUGGAGCAGUUAUAUAUAAAUGGAAACAAGGAGCUUCAUCUAAAAGUGCUUAUUUUGCUGCUUCUUCAUCUGAAGAGAGUUUGAAAACAACAUCAAAACACAAAACACAACAGGAAGCUGUUGUGAAGGAAACAUCUUAA